UCUCAGCCACCAUUUAAGACCGACCCAAAACACAAACGCAUGCGUGGCGAAUAAGCCAUUUUCUUUGUUUUCUUCUUCACUUCCAAACCUUCACUUCCCAUACAAACGCACACGCGCACAAAGUCCAUAUUUUUACCGAAACCCAAACCCUAGAUCUUAAAACACUUUCUAUUCAGUAUUCAACAACAACAAACCCCUUCUUUACGCUACUGUAACUCUGCCCCUACUCCCACUCUCUCUUUCACAAUACACACGCGUACCUUUUUCAGCUCUCUUCCUAUUUUCCACGAACUCCAUUCCAGAUCUGGACCAUUUUUCUUUCACAACACCCACUUUGAAUUCCCACUUCAAAAAGUUUCUUCCUUUCUCUUUGAUCGUUGGCGAAAAUUUGAACAAUUUAAGGGAUAACCCAUUAAGAGAUUUUGCAUUUUUUUUUUAAUUAUUCUGCUAAAUAUCAUUUGGGUUGGUGUAAUUUUGAUGAAUUGAGCUGUUUCUAAAAUUUGUUUUUUUUUUUUUUUGGAUCGUAUUCGGUGUAUAAUUUUCUGGGAUCUGUUUGAAUUUGGUUAUUGAACUUUAGAAAAUUAUCUGGUCUUCUUUCUUUUUUGGGAUCUGAAACAGGCUGAGUAAUGCUUUAUAAGUGAUAGUUGCGAAUUUCCUGGGUUAGUGGGUUCUCAUGGCAAUGCCAUCGGGAAAUGUGGUAUUACCGGACAAAAUGCAGUUUCCUACCGGCCCUGGUGCCGCCGGAACUGCCGGCGGCGAGAUCCACCACCACCGACAGUGGUUCCCCGACGAGCGAGACGGGUUUAUCUCUUGGCUACGCGGUGAAUUCGCCGCUGCCAAUGCGAUUAUCGAUUCCCUUUGCCACCAUUUGCGAUCGGUCAGUGAGCCCGGCGAGUACGACGCCGUAAUUGGAUGUAUUCAGCAGAGGCGGUGCAAUUGGAACCCUGUUCUUCAUAUGCAGCAGUACUUCUCCGUAGCGGAGGUGAUGUAUGCUCUGCAACAGGUUGCGUGGAGGAGGCAGCAGCACAGGUUCGCUGAUCCAGUAAAAACUGGGCCCAAAGAAGGGUAUAAGAGAUCCGGUGGUGGGUUUAAGCAGAACCAGAGAUUUGAGGUUGUCAAAGAAGGGUCGAAUUCUAAUGUAGAAUCUCAAAGUUUUGAUGGGAAUUCUUCGAAUGCUACUGUGGUUUCGGAGAAAAGAGAGCGAGGGGGUGAAAAACUUGAAGAAGUCAAAUCAGGUGGUGGAGAGGCUGGAAAGUUGGAUGAUAAGGUUGUAGUAGUACCUGCAGAGGAGAAAAAAGAGGUUGCUACAAAACCCCUCGAAGAUAGUAACUUGAAGACUUCAGGGAAUUCAGAAGGAACAAUAUCUGGGAAUUCAGAAACUGAACCUGUGGUGCUAGAUGAAUGUACCCCAAGUUCUAAAGUUCCUGUAAUAUUAUCAGAGAAUGAUUCACAUUCCAUCGAAAAUCAGAAUGAGAAGCAGAAUCUUGCUAUUGUUCCGAAAACUUUUUGGGGUAACGAGAUGAUUGAUGGAAAGAUGGUUAAUACGGUUGAAGGACUGAAAUUGUAUGAUGAACUGUUUGACGAUGCUAAAGUCUCAAAACUUCUGACAUUGGUGAAUGAUUUGAGGGCUGCAGGGAAGAAAGGACAGUUUCAAGCAGGUCAGUCAUAUGUGGUGUCAAAGAGGCCCAUGAAGGGACAUGGAAGAGAAAUGAUUCAAUUAGGCCCUCCUAUUGCAGAUGCUCCUGCUGAAGAUGACAUUUCUUCAGGAACCUCCAAAGAGAGGAAAAUAGAAGCCAUCCCUUCCUUGCUUCAAGAUGUUAUCGAUCGGUUAGUUGGCAUGCAAGUUAUGACUGUCAAGCCAGAUUCUUGCAUUAUUGAUUUCUAUAACGAGGGCGAUCAUUCACAGCCCCAUAUGUGGCCACCAUGGUUUGGAAGGCCCAUUAGUGUCCUGUUCUUGACAGAAUGUGACAUGGCCUUUGGGAGGGUAUUUGCGAUAGACCAUCCAGGGGAUUAUAGGGGCUGUCUCAAGCUCUCUCUUAAACCUGGAUCCAUGCUUGUGAUGCAAGGAAAAUCCACAGAUUUUGCAAAACAUGCAAUUCCUUCCCUCCGCAAACAACGCAUACUUGUUACUUUCACCAAGUCCCUACCUAAAAAAUCCAUGCCAAGUGAUGGCCAGCGUCACUCUUCACCUGCAGCAGCUCCGUCUCACUGGGGUCCACCACCCAGUAGAUCUCCCAAUCACAUCCGGCACCCUGUGGGGCCAAAGCACUAUGCGCCAGUUUCAACAACUGGUGUAUUGCCAGCUCCAUCCAUCCGCCCUCAAAUUCCACCUCCCAAUGGCAUGCAGCCGCUGUUUGUGACUACCCCAGUUACACCACCCAUGCCUUUUCCAACGCCGGUUCCCAUUCCGCCUGGUUCAACUGGAUGGCCAGCAGCUCCUCCUCCAAGGCAUCCCCCACCUCGUGUUCCUGUCCCUGGCACUGGAGUUUUUCUUCCUCCACCAGGUUCGGGUAAUUCAUCAAAUCCUCAACAGUCACCAAGUAAUGAAACUAGCCUUACUGUUGAGGCAGCUGCCUCCCAAGAAACGGAAAAUGGGUCAGGAAAAAUAAACCAUGGAACAGUUGCUUCUCCAAAAGGUAAAUCAGAUGGGAAAUCUCUAAGGCAAGAUUGCAACGGAAGUGUGGAUGGAGGUGGAAGUGGAAGAGCGGCAGCUGAGGAAGAGCAGCAGCCAAGCACUACUGACAAUGCAGCAGCAAGCAAGUCAGCUGGAGCAGUUUAGACAGAGAGACUGAGAGAGAGAGAGAGAGAGAGAGAGAGAGAGAGAGAGAGAGAGAGAUUAUUCUUCAGAGGAAAGGAUUAGUCUGCAAAAUGGCAAUGAGUUGGAAGCAAAUGUAAAGAGCGGCAACAUUCAAGACUUUGACAUGAUACUAGCGAGAGGAACAGGGGAGAGAACUACUCAGUUCUCUUUGAAAUCCCUUGUUCUCUGCAUCUUUUUUUGUUGUCUUAUUAUGUGAACCCUUUCUUACGCUAGGUGGAAAAUCACAACCGUUAAUUUAA